AUGAACGGUUCCGUUCCCCAUAACACGAUGGGGGACUCUGGACAUCAUUCAGCUGGCGACCAUACUGCGCAAACCCUUCAUGGUUACCCACAACCCCAUAUUAUCGACAUGUUCUUUCCAGGCUUUUCGCUCUUCUCAACCGCCCUCAAGAACUACACCACCAUCGACCUCAACAUCUACAUUCCCGUACUCAUGAUUAUUGGAAUACUAAUUUACUGUUGGCAAUACCUCGAAACAUGGUUCUGGAUUGAACUCGACGCUCAUUUCAUGUCAUCAGCGGACAUUCGCGUCGACGAUGAAAUGUACAAUAUGGUAAUGGCAUGGGUAGCCGAACAAACAUUUGCACAACGAUCUCGUCGAUUCGUCGCAAGUACAAACUUAAAUAGUCGUAUGUGGUUCAUAUGGAAUGACCAAGAGGAGGAAGAAAAGGUUGAUGAUGACGAUUUUGAAGUUGACGAGGAGGGAAAUCCUAUUCCAAAGAAAACGUCGGAAAAAGAGAAGAAAGUAAGAUUCACGCCAAGCUUUGGAACUCAUUACUUUUGGUACAAGAGAAGAUUGUUACAAUUUAGACGCUCGCAGAGUGCGAUCCAGUCUAAUUCUACUCUGAGCGAAAGGGAGGAAAUCUGCCUUUCUUCGUUCGGAAGAAACCCUCGUAUUCUCAAAGAAUUACUUGGUGAGUGUCGCCAAGCGUUUGUCAAGAACGAUGAAAACCGAACCAUCAUCUACAGGGGGGGCUCCAAAACUGGGGGUGAGCCUGAUUGGACUCGCCUCGUUUCGCGUAUCUCUCGCCCUUUUUCCACCGUUGUUCUCGAUGAAGUGGUUAAACAGAAAGUCAUUGCCGAUAUGAAAGACUAUCUUCAUCCAUUUACACGACGUUGGUAUUCUAACCGAGGUAUCCCAUAUCGUCGUGGAUACUUACUCCAUGGACCACCUGGAACAGGAAAAAGCUCUCUUAGUUUCGCGAUUGCUGGCUACUUCAAGCUUAAGAUUUACAUCGUUUCGUUGAAUUCCGGGUCCAUGAACGAGGAGAAUUUAACCAUGCUCUUCGGCGAGCUUCCCAAACAGUGUGUUGUACUUCUCGAAGACAUUGAUACAGCCGGCCUGACUCACACUCGUGAUGACGAUAAUGACGACGAUGACUAUGACGAAGAUGUCGGUCCGAAAUCUCCUUUAAGUAAGGCGACUAAGACUUUGGAAGCCAUGGCGAAGAAAAAUGGCUCGAAGGAACAAUCGGGCAAGAUUUCCUUGAGUGCGUUACUCAAUGUGAUUGAUGGAGUUGCAUCGCAGGAAGGAAGAAUUCUCAUCAUGACAACAAACCAUAUCGAGAAGUUGGAUGAGGCACUCAUCAGACCAGGUAGAGUGGAUAUGACCAUUCAUUUCGAUUUGGCUAAUAAGGAUAAUAUGGAACAAAUCUUCAGAGGUAUCUACGCAACGCUUGAAGGAGAUUAUCCUGAGCCCAAGGGAUCAGACAGCAGCGCUUCUGAUUCUGGAAGCGUGAAUUCUGGGUCCUCCAGAGGGAGGAGUCCGGCUAGUAGAAAGGGUAUGCAUAAGAAGAAGCCUAGAAGUGCAUCGAAGGAAAGGAGAGUGCAGGUGGAGUUGGAUCGAAUUAUUGCGGCGGAGGACGAACAGAGAAGGAUAGAGGAGGAGGAAAGAGUAGCAAAAUUUGCAAAGCUCUUUAGUGAGAAGGUUCCCGAGGGAAAGUUUAGCCCGGCUGAGAUCCAGGGAUAUUUGUUGAAGCAUAAGAGGAGUGCGGAGGAUGCUGUGGAGGGGGCAGAGCGAUGGGUCAAGGAGCGAGAAGAAGAGAAGGAAAGGGCAAAACUGAAGGAGAAUGAGGAGAGGGAAAAGAGAGCGAAGGAGAAGGCGAAGUUAGAGUUGGAGAUUGAAAAGUUGAAGAAAGAAAAAGGGGAAAUUGAGAAGGAUGAUGACGAGGGAGAAGAUACUGACAAAGUUGUGAAAGAAGUCAAAACGAUCAAAGAGAAGACUGAGAUCGUUAUGAAAGAGGUGGAGACCCUGAAAGAGGAAGUCCUCGAUGGAAUGGGGGAAAAUAUACAGAAGAUGGAGGUGGCGGGUAUUAAGUUGAAGGAUAUUGAAAUGGCAAAGGGGGAAAAAGCCACAGAGAAAGUAAACGUGGAUACGUUUGAGUAUGCGGAAUCUGGGUCUCAAACUGAUCCAGAUGAGAUUCUUGUCUAG